AUGCAUCUCAUAACUCCUCGACUCUGCACAGCUCUCACUGUGUUCACGAGUCUAAUCAUUUCAUCCUUUGCAAUCGAUACCCCUGCAACGAAGGAUUCUACCAUUCUCCGUUCGACCGUGAGCUGCCCUACAUGUCCCGAUCGUAACUGCUACAAAUGCACGCUGGGUCAUGAUGGCACGCUCCAGGCCAACACCGGUGGACUGGCCUAUAUACGCUCUCUGAUCGCAUUCCAACUUCCCGUCCCGGCUGCCUCCAUCACAGCAUGCACAGUCCAAUUCUCCGCCUUCACAAAGCCCCUCGAGGCACCGGUUAAUGUCACCGCAGCCCAGGCGCUCUCUUCCGACUGGGACGAGGAUACGGUUACCGGAGAGAACGCGCCGGAUGCGGGUGACGUCUUUGCGGAGAUUGAGGUCCCUGCAUAUGCCAAUAUGGGGGCCAUCGAUGUUACACCUGCUUGUAAGGGGGCUGAUGAAGAUGGAAAAUUUUCUAUAUUCUUAGGAACAAAGUUUGGCAGAAUUGAGGUUUGGUCGAAGGAUUCGGGAAACCCAGCGAUUCUCCAUAUUACAUCUUCUGCUUGA